AUGGAUCUUUAUGGCUGGGGCCUGACGAACGAGAGCGCGCAAGACCUAAUGCACGAACUCUUCGAUAUGGUUGAAGAAUUUCCAGACAUUGUUGCUCAGCUCUGUCAUCACUUAAAGAGGCAGGGCUACUUCAAGGGAUUUCCCUUGCCUGCAGAAAGGAGUGAUGCGUCCUUCGGGAUGGAGGUCGUUUCCGAAGAUGAGAUCAAGGAAACAGCGCUGGCCUUCAUCAAACGGGGCACAGCAACAGAUAGCUCAGCUGCGUCUUCACAUGAUGCCACGCAGGUGGCACAUGAGAAAUCCACGUCAAGCAGGCAGAGGUCAACCAGCAAACGUCGCGACACAGGUACCUGGGCCAAGGACAAAGCCAACCCGGAGAACACCACAGUCGUGAUGAACAAUUUGCCGGUGGAUUAUAGUCACGAAAAGGCCAGAGGUUUGAUCGACAGCCUGGGCUUUCGAGAUAGGUAUGAUGCAGUCAUCUGGUUUCCAAGGAAGCAAUCAGGCACGCAGCAUCUCUCGCAUGCAUUUGUGAAUUUCAGAACUCCCAGCGACUGCCUCUCAUUCCGGAAACGGCUCAAACAGCGGAAUAUCAAUCCAUCAGGGGACAGAGAGGUCAGCCUGACAGAGCCACAACUGCAAGGCUUCAAGGCCUUGUUCCUUAAGUACUGGCAUCUGACUCAGGAGAAAGCUGCCGUGAACGGGCCGUUCUUUGACAAGGUGUCGCUUGCGGGCCUUUCCCAGGCAGAUUUCGAGGCUGCGAAGAAAGACGUCUUCCAGGAGCAUGCCAAGGCGACGACCGUGGUGAUCCGGAACCUCCCAGAUCACAUCAACAGUCAGUCAGCUGCCCUUGAGUGGCUGCAAGCGACCGGAGACUUGAGGGGCUAUGACUUCUUCCUUUUCUUCCCGAAGCCCAGGACGAAGUCGACUGCUGGAAUGGCGUACGCCUUCGUGAACUUCUGCUGGACGAGCCGAAUGGAGGCCUGCCUCCGGAGCUUGCGAGGGUAUGGCGUGCAAAACAGCGAUCCCCUGAACGUGGUCAUUGCGAAGGACAUCCAGGGCCUGAAGGCAUUGCAGAGCCAUUUCCAGCCUCUCAUCGAGGAGGGUCGGCUGCUUCCCAUCGUCCGGAGCUUUGCAGAAGCCUCCUCGGAAGUUCCCGCGCGGGAAGGGUAUCAGUGA